GGCCGUGGGGACGCCCGUGGAGAUGGCUUGCGCGACCGCGCGGUCCCUGGCUGACCAGGACAGGUUUAUUUGUAUCUACCCCACUUAUUUAAGUAAUAAGAAGACCAUAGCGGAGGGGAGGCGGAUUCCCAUAAGUAAGGCUGUAGAAAACCCUACUGCUACUGAGAUUCAGGAUGUAUGCUUGGCAGUUGGACUGAACGCAUUUCUGGAGAAAAACAAAAUGUACUCCAGAGAAUGGAACCGUGAUAUUCAGUACAGAGGCAGAGUCCGGGUUCAGCUCAAACAGGAAGAUGGCAGCCUCUGUCUUGUGCAGUUCCCCUCACGUAAGUCAGUGAUGCUGUAUGUAGCAGAAAUGAUACCCAAGCUAAAAACAAGGACACAAAAAACAGGAGGUGCUGACCCAAGUCUUCAGCAAGGAGAGGGCAGUAAAAAGGGGAAAGGGAAGAAGAAGUGA